AUGCCUCUCUGGCAAAUCUACCACCCACCCGGAACCUACACCGACCAGGCCUCCAAAACAAGCUUCGCCGCAGACAUAACCAAGAUGUACACGGAAAUGGGACUGCCAGCCUUCUACGUCGUCACCAACUUCAUCCCCCUCCCCAAGGACGACAUCUUCGUGGGCGGCAAACCAAUCGACAAACCCUUCAUCCGAGUCGUGAUCACACACAUUGCAAUCAACAUGCCGAACGAAGAUGCAGUAUACAAGAGAUCUACAGCUCGGAUUGACCAGAUCUUGAAGCCCAAUAUUGCGGACCUGGGGUAUGACUGGGAAUAUCAUGUGGAUGAGACUGAGCGGAGACUUUGGAAGAUCAAUGGCAUGGUGCCGCCACCGUGGAAGAGUGAGGAGGAGAAGCGUUGGGCUCGGGAGAAUCGCGCUGUUGCUUAUGACGGGGCCUACUGA